AUGGCCAUGUUAGCAAAGUCGGCGUUCCCGGCUCCGCUGGGCUCGUCUGGCUCGAAUAUGGUGGCCAGCGCGCCCCAGACCGCCUAUGCCCCCGCGCGGAGACCGCCUGCCGUCGCCAUGUCCAACCCGUCUUUUGCUAGUCCGACUGAAUCCGAGUUUUCUGAAGGCGACGGCCCCGACUCGGUUAAGAACUGGGACGAGGACCAGGUGUGCGAAUAUCUUCGAAGCGUGAAAUGCGGCGAGUAUGAGAAGCUGUUCCGCAAGAACCAUAUCAAUGGCGAGAAUCUUCUAGAGAUGGACAAGGAAGUCCUCAAAGAGAUGGGAAUCGACAAGGUUGGAGAUCGAGUCCGACUGUUCCUCGGCAUUAAGAAGUUGAGGACAAAGGCAUAUGCCAACCAGAAGAAGAGGAAUAGGGAAUCUUUUGGGGGGCUAGAUAUCCACUAUGCGCCAUCAGUUGGCUCGCCGCGCCAUCCUAAUUCCGCCAACAGUCGAGGAAUACAGCCGAGCCAGUCGAGCAAGAGAUUCUCUCGGCAGUACGAUGUCACAAUGUCCCUCGACGCAAGCAAAGGUUUGUCGAGGCCCGCCUCCCCGCUACCUAGCGCCGAUAUGAGGGCAGCCCGGGCGAGGUACGCGCAGCAGGCCCAGGGAUACGGUAGCCAGCCCACGCCUUCGUCUGCCUCGAGAUUUCCCAUGUCCCCGCCUGAAUCGCAACCUGGCCGCCUAGUAUCGACUCACACCAGAAACAAUUCAAGCUUAGAUGGCUCGCUCAUGGCCGCCCUGCCACAGGGCCAGGCCGUUAUUCGCGUCAUCUCCACUGGCGGCGUGACUAAGGUUGUCAAAAUCGCCGACUGCAAGACGUGCGAGGAGGUUAUGCGGGUCACCCUUAGGAAAUUUGCCUUGCGCGAGGACCAUGAGCGCAACUACUGCUUCUGGGUUCUCGCUGGCGUCGAUGCAAGCCCAAACCAAUGCCGGCGUCUCGGGGACACGGAGCUGUGGAAGAUCAUCAAGGAUCAAAAACGCCCGGAACGCAACCGCCUGAUCCUGAGACGUGUUCCCGCUGGUGAGCCUGGCCAGUCAGAACUUGAGAGAGCCGCCGCCAUUGCGAUGCAGGAAGCGGCCCAGAACCAUAACCGGGCCGUUGAGAACGUCGACAAGCGCAGCCAACUCAAGAUCCAGAAGGUCUUGGGCGAGAGCUGGGACACGCUACAACCGCCACUCUCGCCCGUGUCCUACCAGGACCGCGAGCGUAACGUCUACAACACGGCCAGGGACCUUGAGAGGCCCGCUCCGGCCGAUACCGCUCGUGCGGUCCCCCGGAGAAAGGGGGUGCUCCGCCAAUUCGGGGGGCUCAGACCGCCGAGCGAGUUGAUUGCUUCUGAUCUGACGAGUUACUUCCCUGAUCACUCGAGGGAGGACAUUGACCGGACCGCACGGUUAUCAAUGAGGCGGUCUGCCCGCCUUAGUAAGGUCAACAGCCGCCUCAGCGUUGCAAGUAACCUGAGCUUCGCCUCCAGCAUUCAGGACGCCCCUCCCAUCCCCACCAUCGCCGACAGCUGGUUGACGGCCUCGAAUCAGAUCGCAAAGGUCCGUUCUCGAGAUACUCACGGUCGUGUUCCCCACGGAUACCGCGAUUCGGUUGCAUCUUCGAUGCUCGACACCCUCCAAGAGGAAGGGUCUCUGAUCGAGCCGGACCGCAAAUCGUACGUGUCCUUCGCAGAUAGCGGGUCAGACUCUGCUGCGGUCAGCGUGACAGAUCCCGAAGGGAACAUCACGGGCCAUGGCUACUACGACCAGAGCACCCUGGGUUCUUCGGUCAGCUCGGGUCAAAACCUCAGCCAGGCUUUGACCGAGGAUGGCGAGGACGCCGACGAAGAGCUCCAGAGCUUCCUGGCGGGCGAAUCUUGGGACGACAGUAAGUGGAUGAAGGGUGCCCUCAUUGGCCAGGGCUCGUUCGGCUCCGUCUAUCUAGCCCUCCAUGCUGUUACCGGCGAGCUGCUUGCUGUCAAGCAGGUUGAGACACCGUCCCCGGGGGCCAACAGCCAGAGCGCCUCAAGGAAGAAGAGCAUGAUUGACGCACUUAAGCGCGAGAUCAGCCUCCUGCGCGACCUCCGACACCCUAAUAUCGUGCAGUACCUCGGCUGUGGCUCGUCUGUCGAAUAUCUCAACAUUUUCCUCGAAUAUGUUCCUGGCGGCUCCGUCCAGACCAUGCUCAACUCGUACGGUGCUCUUCCGGAACCGCUGGUUCGCAGCUUCGUGCGCCAGAUCCUCAACGGCCUCUCGUACCUCCACAACCGGGACAUCAUCCACCGGGACAUCAAGGGAGCAAACAUUCUCGUCGACAACAAGGGCACCAUCAAGAUUUCCGACUUUGGCAUCUCUAAGAAGCUCGAGGCAACCAACAUUCUCAACGGCGCCAACAAUAACAAGCACAGGCCGUCGCUGCAGGGCUCGGUCUUCUGGAUGGCUCCCGAAGUCGUGAAGCAGACUUCGUACACGCGCAAGGCGGACAUCUGGUCGCUCGGCUGCCUCGUCGUCGAGAUGAUGACGGGGACACACCCCUUCCCCGACUGCACCCAGCUCCAGGCCAUCUUCAAAAUUGGGGGCUCGAAGGCCACACCGACGAUCCCCGAGCACGCCAGCACCGAGGCCCAGCAGUUCCUGAGCCAGACUUUUGAGAUCGAUCACAACAAGCGGCCCAGCGCUGAUGAUCUGAUGCUCAGCCCCUUCUUGACUCCUAUUACGUAA